ACCUCGUUGAACUGAGUUUGCCGGCGGCUUCGCCUCUUCUGGCGGGGAAGACGCUUUUGCCUUGAGGCGGUGCUGAUUUUUCCCCUGUCCCGUUUCCUAUUUUCCAUCGGCCUCGGUGGCUCGCCGAAGAGGAAGGAAACGGCAGCGCAGCCUUAAAAAUCCACUCGGCGGGCGGCGGAGGGGAAAAAGGUGAUGCUAUUUCCCACCCUCCCGGAGGACGCCUGAAUAAAGCAUUGCCAUAGCAACGGGCGGCGGCGGCUCCCUAGAUAAGGCGGGCAGGAGCACCCAGCGGCGCCAGAAAGUUCUCGCGCCCUCCCCGCGCCACUCGCCGCCUCCUUCCAAGGGGGAAAAAAAAAACAUUUCAAUGAUGUCAACAGAAUAUGUUCAGCCACUUGAUAUGCCAGAAGACAGACUGGACAAGCGAGAUUCACACUGUAACCAUUUAGAAGAUCUUUCAGAGCAGCUGAUUAAGAGCUGUGACCUCAAAAAGAAACCAAGAAAAGGUAAAACUAUCCAGGCCUCCCAAAACACUGAACAGGAGCAAAAAAAGCCAAGGAGAAAAGAUACACCCGCAUUACACACCCCACCGCCCCUAUCAGGCAUACUUUCAGACUUUUCUGAUAACCUGCUGAAAAGGUAUGGUAUCUCAGAGAAACCACAGAGGGAGAGAGUGAGCCCAGGCUCUCAGAUCACCGAACUGGAACAGAAAAAGCCUAGGAGAAAAGAUACACCUGCAAUACACAUCCCACCCAUUAUAACAGGCACUAAGCUGCUUACAGAAGAAAAGCAAACAGUGAUUAUGGAAGAUGAAGAAAAGGAUGGAGACACAAUCCCCAGUUAAGAUUAUAGUGAUAUCUGCAAUAAUGUAAUGUAAAUAAUAAUUCUGGGUCAUUUGAAGUGGCAGCACAGAAAAAACCAGCCCAUUCAUUUUUAUAAAUAAUAAUUUUCUUAAGUAUGCACCUGAAUUUAAAUUCUCUUCAAGUGCUUAUCUGCAUCUCUUCUUAUGAAAUCCCAGGAAGCAGCAUAGGAGACGGUAGAAAAUUCAUUUACACAUGGGGCUGGAAGGAUUCCCUUGGUUUAUUAAGAGCAGCUUUCCUGGACUUUUGUCUACAAGGAUUCCACCUCAGAUCUAGUUUUGUAUAGCGUAGUGCUAAGGGUUAACGCAAAUGGCACUGCCGAUCCAGUGUAGCUGGCACUAGAUACUAGAGUGGACGGUAGCAUAGGGCAGUGCAUUUUCUGGCCAUUCUUUCUUGGUUAUGCAAGCUGCUCCUGAACCGUGUUGGGGUACAAGCUUGGCUCUUCUUUCUCCUCCCUCCUGUUCCCCUGGGAUGUAGAACAGCAACUAAAGACUCAAAAUUGUAUUUUUCUCUUGACUUUUCGCUUCAUUAGUCCAGCUUUUCUCUGCUGGAAUAACAUUGACUGCAGUGAAAAUUCCCAUGUGCAAAAUUGAAGUGAUAGAUGGAGACCAUGGGAGAGAAGGAAUCAAGUCCAGAAUGCCUGAAAUGCGAAGCAAACACUUCUUUUGCCUGUAUCUGCUCAUAACUCGUGUUUGUAAGGAGAAAAGGGUAGAUUUACUGCAGUAUAACAACUUAAAGCUAAGGGCCAUUGACACUGACCCAUCAAACAAAACACAGGGCAGAGCCCUCAGAAAGGAAACACACUGCAAGUGCAACAUUUAGCUGUUGUACCAGUAUAGUCUAUUGAUUUUUUUUUUUCUUCUUUCAGAGGUUUUAUUCCUAGGCUGGUGAAAGAUGAAUGAGUUGGAUAGCUAAUCCUCGUACUCCACAUGUAUGCUUUGGAUAUGUACUUUUUAAAUGCAGUCCUAGCUUGUCACUUAGGAGGAGAUGUAAAGAUUGAAAAAUCACAGUGGAGAAUUCAGAAUUGAGUCAAAGGGACAGCAUUACUCAACGGCAUAUGCAUACUGCAGGGUGAAAUAGCAUCAUGCUUCUUUUUUAAUAGCUUAAUUCACUGAUUCAACCAAGAAUUGUUCUCACAGCUAGCUACAGUCUUCAGCACUGGUACAAACAGAGGUGGGUACCUGUAGAAUAUUACACAAAAUAGGUAGGACUGGGUAGUUUUCUGCUUACCUUAAUAGCGCUGUAUGCUAGAUGGAGCAGUGCUGCCAGCUGGAUCCUUAGGGACCUCAGCACAGAGGUUAAAGAUUAUCUAGCCCGGCAGACUGAACUCAGCUAUUUUUUUUUAAUACCCUUAGGCAGACAGCUGAGGAACACACUAGCUAGGACUUCAUUUGCCACAGUGACUGACCCAGCAUCUUUCGUAAGAAUGUAGUCCAUUCGCAAAUGUUCAGCUUCAAGAUGUAACCAGCAAGCUUAUAAUAAAUGAUGAUAUA